AUGUCCCUCUCUCCCUGCCUGCAGCUCGGGAUGGCGCUCCAUGUGUGUUCGGAGGGAUGGUGUACAGGAGCGGGGAGACCUUCCAGAGCAGCUGCAAGUACCAGUGCACUUGCCUGGACGGGGCAGUGGGGUGCGUGCCUCUCUGCAGCAUGGACGUGCGGCUGCCCAGCCCCGACUGCCCUUUCCCACGAAGAGUUAAGCUCCCCGGGAAGUGCUGCGAGGAGUGGGUGUGCGAUGAGCACCGAGAACAGACAGCUGUAGGACCGGCUCUUGCUGCUUACAGACCGGAAGACACUUAUGGACCUGACCAGGCAAUGAUGCGUGCCAACUGCCUGGUCCAGACCACAGAAUGGAGUGCUUGCUCAAAGACCUGUGGAAUGGGCAUCUCCACCAGAGUCACCAAUGACAAUGCCUUCUGCAGACUGGAAAAGCAAAGCAGACUUUGCAUGGUCAGACCUUGUGAAGCAGACUUGGAGGAAAACAUCAAGAAAGGCAAAAAGUGCAUUCGCACCCCCAAAAUCUCCAAGCCCAUCAAGUUUGAGCUCUCUGGCUGUACCAGUGUGAAAACCUAUCGAGCUAAAUUCUGUGGGGUCUGCACUGAUGGACGUUGCUGCACCCCUCACAGAACAGCCACUCUUCCUGUGGAGUUCAAAUGUCCUGAUGGCGAGGUCAUGAAGAGAAGAAUGAUGUUCAUCAAGACCUGUGCAUGCCACUACAACUGCCCUGGAGACAAUGACAUCUUUGAGUCUCUGUACUACAGAAAGAUGUAUGGCGACAUGGCAUAAAGCAGGAAACACUAGGCUCUCAACUUGACCUGUUUGCAUCUCAUUGUGUAAACAUGAUUCGAUAGCACAAGGUAUUUAAAUCUGUUUCCAAAAAGUUCAGAAUGCUCCAUGUGACUAAGACAAAUUGUCUUCUGACCCUAAACAUUGGUUUGAAGAAAGUAAAAUGGCUCAUGGGACCACAGCAAAGCGCAGCUUCAGAGGAUGCUGUUCAUGGAGUGGUGUUUAGGGGUUAUUAGGGGACAUGUGCAGAAAAAUCAGUGUUCCCUUUGUAGGGUAAUGUGUGUUCCACCUAGUAGUGCAAUUGAAAAAGAGACCCUUAGCAUGUUUGCUGACACUGAGUGACAGUAAUGGCUGGAAUGUAAAUCGUUAACCCAGCAAGGUGCUAAGUAAAAUGUGUUCUAUUGGUCAGGACUGUAAUGUUUCAGCUUUGACACUGAUUCCAAUGACUUGUUCAAGAAGAAUCAGAAUCAUGUCUAUUUGACUGGACAGCUUGUGACAGUUAAUAUGCCUGUAACAAGCUAGAUUUUUAUUAAUAUUGUAAAUACUGUAUAUAUAUGUACAGUUAUCUAAAUUAAUUUAAAGUUUUGUGCCUUUGUUAAUGCUUGAUACUUUAAUGUUUAGCUUUUUUGUUUGUGUUGAAAGAAAUAGGAUGUAAAGCUUGUCUGACAAUGCAUUCAAAGCAUGAAAUAGAUCCUCUAAUGGAAAUUGUUCAGUUAGGGUGACCAGUGAAUCAAAAUCAAGACAGAGUUUGUUGCUAAAGAUGAGGUGCCGCCAUCUUUGGAAAGCAUCCAUUUGUAUGGUAAAAACACGAUUGCCUCUGCUUUAGUGAACAAAAGGCUUUUAAGUAAAAUGAAUGGCUUUUUUGUAGCUGAUCAGUUUUUCCACCUGGGAGCAUUUGUUUCUUUCUUUGACCAUGGCUGUUCGUUGAACAGUUUGUUAUUUGUUGAGAAGUGUGACCAAAAGUUACAUGUUUGCACCUUUUUAGUUGAAAAUAAAGUAUUAUAUUUUUUAUAUAAA